UCAUCAUAACACAAUAAAACAUAUAAACGAAACUAAAAGGGGCAUUUUAGUCAACGAAAAACUUAUAAAAGGCAACAAAAACUAGGGUUUAGAGACCCGACCAUCUUUCACAUACUGCGACAGAGCCGCAUUCACCUCCUUCUUCUUCUUCAUCAUCAGAGAUGGCCAAGUCAAAGAACCACACAGCUCACAACCAGUCCUACAAGGCACACAAGAAUGGCAUCAAGAAACCUAAGAGGCAACGCCACACCUCUACCAAGGGGAUGGAUCCAAAGUUCUUGAGGAACCAGAGAUAUGCAAGGAAGCAUAACAAGAAGAGUGGUGAGACUGCCACCGAGGAAGAGUAAACGAAUGCCCACUUACUUGAAAAAUGAAGCUGCUACUGCUGCUGUUUCAAGAUUUCAUGUUAGGGUUUCUAAUCUUUAAUAGAAUAUUAGUAAUUUUAAUGUUCUAGUACUGUUUGUUAAGCCAUUUUUGGGUUUCUGGUAAUUGUGACUUGUGUUUGUUUUAAAGAUUUUUUUCCUCUCCAAAUACUUGGUUAUCAUAACUAUUUGUCUUGCUUCCAUUCUAUAUAUCUUUUUGGUAUUUGUUUGGCA